CGUGGGAAAAGUGCUUCGUGAGGAGAGAGGCUUCGUUGCAAUAAAAAAGGGCCCCUUUUGUAAGCUUCUCUGAUGACACGUACCGUUCCCGCAAAGCUUGCCGCGCCUACACCGGCUUCGUACCACAGACACUGGAGAUCGAGACGUCGUGACGUUGUGAUACUCCACUGGCGACUGCCGACGUGCGUGAAGCAUGAUUUCGGGAAAUUUUUGUGGCGUGCUGCCAAGGCUGAUGGAGUUCCAAUCAACAUGCCAAAGAGCUUCCGACAAAGGGCGACCUCGACGAUAGAGACCUGGACUUGAUCCCGGUCACGCGAUACGGCGGUCUAGGACAGCAGCGCAACCUUGCGAGCAGCUGCUCGGGAGGAAAAACUCCUCGCUGAGGCUUUGAUCGAGUCUUGACGAGGAGCUCUGGCCGUGGACGGAAGGCAGAACUCGGCCCGUACUGGCCGACGAAGCCUGAGACUCCGCUGACAUCGGGAAGCUUCUGAGACUGUCCUUGCAGGAUGUCUUGCACACUCCCGAAGCUGAGCGACAUAUCGUGAUGGGCCGAAGAGCGGAGACGAAUGAGGUAAGACCAGUGAUGAGGAAGACAAUUAUCUCUCUACUGUGGCUGCCUCGUUCCUGCGUCACGAUUGAGAAGCCACGAGAGGCAGUGCUCGCUCGGCUUGCAUCGGCGUCGUGGAUCGACUGCUGUGCGCGACGUUACUGCAUCGCUCAUGCUACUGCCUGUAUUGGGUGCUUCUCAGCUUAGAGAGUCAAACGCUUCUGUGGCUUUUCUGGCACGCUUGCUUGCGGUAGAACGACUUCAAAACCAGCUGAGCGUGUGUCGCUGCCUCUGUCCAGUCCCUGCGAGGGCCAUGCGACGCCACAUCGUCUCGCACAUAGGCAGGGUCCAGAUGCCAGCCGACUUGCGCUCCUGACCAUGUGUCCGCAGCUGAAACAUUGCGAAGGCUUAGCGAAACUUCUUCAUGCUGCUUCUUCUGCUCCUCUUCACGUGUUCGAGAUUUUGCUUUGCGCCGUAGCAGACCCAAAAGUGUUCAAUGGACGCUCUGCUCU